CGCUUUUCGACGUUCGUGCCUCCGACAGCGGACGAGACAAAGUAGUUUCUAGCCCUUUCUUCUAGCGCUUUAAACCGCCGGCUUUGCUUUUACAACUGUCAGAAUAUUCAGCCAGAUUGUCGCGGGUAUCAUCUGUAUUAACUUCACUUUUAGUAAUGCCUCGGGGCGGGAAAAAGGGCCACAAGGGCAGAGGGAAGCAAUUCAGCAACCCAGAGGAGAUUGACCGACAGAUGAAAGCACAGAGAGAGUUGGAGGAAAAGGGUGGGGUAGAGAAAGAGAGCUCUUCAGAGUCUGAGAGCAGCAGUGAUGAUGAAUCUGAGUCCAGGAAGAGGAGUGGAGUGGAGGGGCUUAUAGAGAUUGAGAAUCCCAACCGUGUGUCUCAGAAGAGCAAGAAGGUGACUGAGGUAGACGUCACUGCUCCCAGAGAACUGACUCGCAGAGAGAGAGAGGAGAUAGAGAAGCAGAAAUCAAAAGAACGCUACAUGAAGCUCCAUCUUGAGGGGAAGACUGACCAGGCCAAAGCCGACCUGGCCAGACUGGCCAUCAUCAAGAAACAGAGGGAGGACGCUGCCAAGAAGAGGGACGAACUCAGGAAAGAAGCUGAAGAAGCCAAAGCAAAGCGCUAGUCCAUCU